ACACGCGGCGUGAGGACGGAUCGUGACGGGCCCGACCGCCGACGCGGCGUCGUUAGAGACCAGCGGCCGUGGUGGCACGACCUCCGCGGCGCGGCCGGACUGCGACCCAAUCGACGACGAGGAGCGACCAGGUCACGGGCGGCGAGCUGCUGGGCUACUGACCGCUGUUGCACCGAGUCGGGUGGGGAUGAGCAAGCGGAAGGAUCGACUCAAGGGUCUGCACCCUACCCGCGUGCCGUCGCCCUUCCCGCUGCUGCCCGUGAGGAGGGCCACACCCGGGGCGCCAUGCAUGAACGGCUACGUCGAAGGAGCACCCUGCCACGAGCAGCAGUACGCGGAGGGCUCCGUGCGCGGCUGGACGCAGGCUGACAACGCCAUGCUGCGCGCGGCGCACAGUGGUGGCGGCGGUCUGAACAACAACGGCCCGCGGCCCGUCUCCGGCUCGUACGACGGCGUGGCGGCGCGGGUCGCGCGGCGUCGCUCGCAGCAGUGGCCCGAUUCAGAGCCGCAGCCCGGCUGGUGA